CGCGGCAUGAAAACCCCGCGGGCCGUGGAGUUACCGGCCCGUGGGGCUCCACAGUCCGUGGAAAUAUGCCAACUGUGAAACUGCAUUAACUCGUUGAAAAAGGACAAGUGGAAAGAAAAGGGGGACGAAAGCUCGAUGCAAAAUGACAGUAGUAGCCGAACUUGAGAUUAAGGUAUAAAGAGUAUCAUAUCCUCUCGUUCGGCCCUAGCCUCCAACCUCCAACCAGUUACGCCCCCCGCCACGGCUCUUUUAUGUUAACAACGAUGGCACCUCACCAAACUAUCCCCGGAACCGACAUCUACGGCCCUGGAACCUUCAUCGACAAGGAAGUUCUCCCUGUUCCGGUCGACGCCCGACGCGUGUUCGAGUAUCUGGCCUCGAGCACCCCUGGCUUCACCCAGGACCGCGCCGCAUGGGAUACAGUCCGCUUCACCGGGGGCUCUGAACCCAUGAUCCCCGGUCCGAUCAAGGCCCCCGUGGUUGCUGCUGCCCUGCACGCGAUGUGCGGUCUGGUCGCCAACGAACUGCUCGAGCUGCGCGACGGAAGACCCGUCCACGAGAGCACGGUGGCGGUCGACACGGACCAUGCCGGCCUGUGGCUCGGCUCGACGUUUACCACCUACAUCAACGGAGAGGAUGUUUCCACGCUGGCUCGGUCCAAUACGCUGGCUUCACUCUUCGAUCGGGAUUUCGAGCAAGGGUUUGGGAAAGGGUUGGCGGGCCGAGCGACAGCCAUCUACCAGACCAAGGAUCCCAACGUGUGGUACCAACUUCAUGGCUCCCUCGAUGCCACCCGUACUCUGCAGUCGAUGGGGAUCCCCACGGACGUCAAGUUCGACACCAUGCAGGAGUACUACGAGUACAUUCAGAGCCAUGUCAUCCAGUGGAGUCCCGACGAGCUCGAGAUGCACAACGUCCGUCACGGCCUGUGUGGCAGCAUCUGUUACUCCCCGGAGGGGUGGCGCAAGACGAGCAUGGGACAACGGCUGGCCGCCCAUCCGCUGGUCAACUACACCUGUGCAACCUACGCGGCGCCGACUCCGCCCGUACCAUUACCCCAUAACCCUGCAGAUCGACGGCCCUUGGCCGGGAUUAAGGUCCUGGAGAUGGUGCGCAUCAUUGCCGGCCCCACGAUCGGCGUGACACUGGCGUCCUACGGGGCCGAUGUUAUCAGGGUUAAUUGCAGCAAACUGGCGGAUCUCAAUGUCCUCCAGCUGACCUUGAACGCUGGAAAACGCACAAUCGACCUCGACAUCUCGAACCCAGAGGACAAAACUCGCCUGCUGGACCUCCUCGCAGAGGCGGAUAUCUUCGUCCAGGGGUUCCGCCCCGGCUCGCUCGCGCGGCAGGGGCUGGACCUGAACAGCAUGCUGGAGCGCGCCGCGACGCGCAACAAGGGCAUCAUCUACCUCGACGAGAACUGCUACGGGCCUGACGGCGCCUUCGCCGAGCGACCGGGCUGGCAGCAGAUCGGCGAUGCUGCGUCGGGUACGUCGUAUGUCAUGGGCCGGGCGCAGGCCCCCGAGACACUACCAGCAGGCUACAGCGUCCUGCCCCCGCUCCCUGUCUCUGACAUGACGACGGGCCUCGUCGGUGCCCUGGCGGCCAUGAUGGCAGUGCGCGACCGCACAACCCGGGGCGGCUCGUACCACAGCGUCAGCUCGCUGGUGGCCGCGGAUGCGGUCGCGCUGGACCCCGAAGUCGGCCUGUAUCCGCCCGCGGUCGUGGGGCACACUGCGCAGCGGUUCGGGUUCGUGCCCGCCACCCCGGAUCAGUUCGUGUCGGAGAUCAUGAUCCAAGUGCUUGACGGGUGGAAGCGGGGGUUUCCUGCGAGUGUGUAUGGGCAGGAGGGGUCCCGGUUCAUGACGGUCUUUGAAGACGGGCCAUGGGGCAGGCAGACGCUUUUGAAGCCGGUCGCGAGACUCGGAGAUGCGGAGGCGUCGCCCCGGUGGUCGAGUCCUUCGGUGCCCAAUUGUUACCAUCGGAAAGAUAUCCACUGGCUGUAA